GUCUACGCACAAUGAACUAGAGAAGAAUCGACGAGCUCACCUCCGCCUGUGUCUAGAACGUUUAAAAGUUCUGAUACCACUAGGACCUGACUGCACCAGGCACACAACCCUCGGGCUGCUCAACAAAGCCAAAGCACAUAUCAAGAAACUUGAAGAGGCUGACAGGAGAAGCCAGCAUCAGCUUGAAAAUUUGGAAAGAGAGCAAAGGUUCUUAAAGCGAAGACUGGAGCAGCUGCAGGGCUCUCAGGAGAUAGAACGAAUACGAAUGGACAGCACUGGAUCUUCCAUUUCCUCAGAUCGCUCUGAUUCAGAGCGGGAAGAAAUCGAGGUGGAUGUGGAAAGCACAGAGUUCUCCCAUGGAGACGUGGAUGAUAUCAGCACAACCAGUACGAGUGACAUUGAUGACCACAGCAGUUUGCAGAGUGUUGGGAGCGAUGAGGGUUACUCCAGCGCUAGUGUCAAGCUCUCCUUCACUUCCUAAAGCGUGGUGCUAGGGCAGAGCAGAUGAUUUUUUGGGGGCAAUUGAAGUUCUUGCAGCAGGGCUUAGAUACAGUGUUUUUCUUCUCCAAACCACACAUCAACAGCUAUGCUUGGAAAGAUGCAACUCUAGAACAGCUCCAUGGGCCAACAGGAGGGUGGGAGUCCAACAAGGGAACCAACCACUCUCCAAACUGUCAUAGCCCCAAAUCCCAAUUUAGCGCUGAAUCCAUAGCUAUUUUGAAGUCUGAGACAGCACUCCAGUAAUCUUCAGCUGGACUGAGCUGGCUUCAGCUGGACUGCCCUUAUAUAGUGGAAGGUUUUGCUCAGAGAUUGAUUGGAAAAGAGGGUCUCGGUGAUUCAGGUUUUGAGUCUUUCGCAAUUUGUCACAUCUCCAAAAAAAUGACAAUUUUUUCACCUCUUCCCCAUGUCCAGACUUAACAAACUUGUUAAGACCCUUUGUGGUGCUAAUAAAACAAAAGUCUGUCCAAUAUACAUGGUAAUAAUUUAGCAUACAUGGGAGAUCUAUGUAUGUGUCCCAAGUUUAUGGGACGAAGUAGCUAAGCUGAGUUUAUUGGAUCAGCCUCUCUUGAUGAGUUUGCACAAUGUUCUGAAAUACAAAGCUCCUUUUUCAGGCUUCUGAA